CAUUAUGCUUACUCCCCACCCUACUUUUUUCCUUUUUAUUUUUCCUUCUAUUCUGUUUUGAUAGGACAGAGAGCAAUUGAGAGGGUGGGGAAGGUAGACAGAGGGAGAGUCAGAGAGACACCUGCAGACCAGCUUCACCACUCGUGAAGCUUUCCCCCUGCAGGCUGGGAGCAAGGGGCUUGAACUCAGGCACUUACCUGGGUGCCCCACACCCGGCCCCCAGCAGAUAACGUUCUGAAAGGCAGAAGUGUGUCCAUGCUGACACUGUGAGGCAGGGAUGCACUGACCUCAGCGAAGAAACCGUCAUCAUGUGAGGAGCCUCUCUGAGCAAGUGGUGGACAGCCCCCUGGAAGCUCGCCAGCCCCCAGCUGCGAGGCCCCAGAGCCCCCAGCACCAGCCCACGGGCCCUGACGGCGAGGCACUCACUCCAGCCAGCAGGGUGGAAGAUGGUGGCAGGGAUUCCCGGGCCGCAGCCGGGCGACACGCCAUGGAGGAGCCCAGCCCCGAGCCGGCGAACGUGGACGUGGACAAGGGGCUGGCACUGGCCUGCUUCGUGUUCCUGUGCCUCUUCCUGGUGGUCAUGAUUGUCCGCUGUGCCAAGGUCAUCAUGGACCCCUACAGCGCCAUCCCCACCUCCACCUGGGAGGAGCAGCACCUGGACGACUGAGCCACGAGGCAGGCCCCACGGCCCAGAGCCACGGAGGACACGCUGGCUGGGAGUGGACACUGCCUGCCCGUAGCCUCCGGCCCCUGCCUGGGAGAGGCCCGUCCACCCAGGAGACCCACGGCCUGCUCCCCAGAGACACGUGGGGAGCCUGUCCCCUCCCCCACUUUCUUUGGCUGCCCAGAAGUGAGGGACAUGCGGGCCCCCAGCCUGGCAGAUGUGGGCAGUGACCCUCACCGCUGUCCCGCCUUGUCUUCAUCUCUCUGAUGCUCUCGGGGGACCCGGACGUGUUCAGCCAGGGUGAUGAGAACAGAGCCCAGCUUCUGUCUCCCUAAA